AUGGACACUUGCUCUAAGAGUUAUAAUCUAUACAAGUUGCAGCAGCUCCAAGACCUUCAUCCCUUGCCCAAAAUAAUUCUAGAUUUCAGACAGAUGCAAAAAAUAAAAUCAACUUUUGUAGAUGGACUUUUAUCCUGCAUGACCAAGAGUCACGUGUCUUCGACCUGGAAUCAAACAGGAACUGUGAGUGGAAGACUUUCUGCAAAGCAUCCUAAUAUUCAAGGAAUUCCAAAGCUACCCGUUGAGAUUGUAAAACCACAAUACAUACAAGGAAAAGAGAGAGAAACUGUUACAAUUACCCCAAGGUCUAUGUUUACAUCUGCCAAUGGAUACACUUUCUUAGCUGCAGAUUUUUCACAAAUAGAACUUCGCUUAAUUGCUCACUUUUCUUCUGACCCAGAACUAUUAAAAUUGUUUCAAGAAACUGAUUCAACUGAUGUGUUUACAAAACUGGCGGCCCAGUGUAAUUACAAUGGGGCCAAAGAAGGACAAAGAUAA